AUGGGGCAAUGUUUGAGGCAUCAGAUGCACUGGGAGGACUUGGAAGAAUACCAGGCCCUGACCUUCCUGACCAGAAAUGAGAUCCUGUGCAUCCAUGACACCUUCCUGAAGCUCUGUCCCCCUGGGAAGUACUACAAGGAGGCAACACUGACCACAGACCAGGUCAGCUCCCUGCCAGCCCUGAGGGUCAACCCUUUCAGAGAUCGAAUCUGCAAAGUGUUCUCCCACAACGAUAUGCUCUCCUUUGAGGAUGUGCUGGGCAUGGCAUCUGUGUUCAGUGAGCAGGCCUGCCCCAGCCUGAAGAUCGAUGACGCCUCUUCCUCCAAGAAGUCUUCCUCAUUCACACCCCCAAUUCCAAUCAGACAUGAACUUGCCCAUCUGGAAACCCUUGGAACCCUUGGGAGGCCUGUUCCUUUCUCUCUGGAGCCAAGCUACUCAGACUUUAACGAGAAUGGCUUCAUCGACGAGGAGGACCUGCAGAGGAUUGUACUCCGACUGCUCAACAGUGACGACGUGUCCGAGGACCUGCUGGCUGACCUCACGAGCCACGUCCUAAGUGAGUCAGAUCUGGACAACGACAACAUGCUAUCUUUCUCGGAGUUUGAACAUGCGAUGGCCAAGUCUCCAGACUUCAUGAACUCCUUUCGGAUUCACUUCUGGGGAUUUUGA